AUGGCAAGGUCCUUCAGGCAGCAGACACUGACGGUGAUGGCGAUCGCCCUAUGCCUCAGCCUGGCUACUGCACAGACCUUCGAAUACAGUAGAGGAUGGACGAACGGCCGAAAGCGCUCAGAAGGAAGCCUCAGUGUCGUGAGGGGUCCUGCAGGCUCUCCUCUCCUCGGUCUCCUUUCGUCUCACGCCUUCCAGAUUCCCGGCAAGAACGUGAGGAGCCGAUUCAAUGCCCUCGAGGACAGUCUCGUCGACGCCUUCGUGGGCAGGGAUGCUCCGGGCUUCGCUGAGAAUUAA